AUGCUCGACGAAAACCUUCCCACUUUCCGCUUCAAGCCCGCAUCCGACAACCCGCUCAGCAGUGUCGUUUUCUUCACCCAGAAUGGCGCCGACCCGUCGGCGGACUAUGUGCUGCGCCGGGCUGACCCCGCGGUGCCGGGCUCUCGCAACCGAUACGCCGUUGCACUAUGCGACGCCUACAACCCCGAUGUAAUAUACGGGGAGGUCAUGAUCGAGCCAGAGUGGUCGCAGCCGACCCUUUCGACCGCUGAGAUUCGCGCCCAGGCCCAGAACGGCGCCGGGCCUGCCCUGGCCACACCCCUCAUCCCCGACAAUUUCACCAUCCAGCUGUACAACCCCGACCAGAGCGUCAACAUAAAGCUGGUGCCCGGCGGCUGGAACAAGACGGACAGCUGGGAGUUCGAGCUACCCAUUCAGACGUUCCGCAUGCCGUCGGUCAGCGAGCUGGACCGCGAGCAUCGGGUUCCGCCUGCCGACCUGGCACCCCGGAUCAUGUUUCGCUGGAAAAAGGACGGCAAGCUGACCAAGGACAUGACGUGCUUCAUGACGGGUAAAAACCUGGGUGGCCGCAAAAGCAAAGAGCCUGAUAUCACCAUCGCGCUCUUCAAGGCCGCCCGGGACACGGCCGUGACCAUUUACCAGCCGAACCUUCAACGUGUCGAGGUUGAAGAUAACAAGGGCCUCGAGAUCGUACUCUUGCUCAGCGCUGAGAUAGUCAAGGAUCUGUACCUCAUGCCGAAGCAGGACGUUUUCAACAUAUCGGGCGGCGGGCCAUCGCCCUCGGCGUUGAACGGAGGGGGAAGAAGAAAGAACUCGCGGCCCACAGCCGCUCAAGCCCCCUCACCACCCAUCCCGCCACUCGCCAUGUCUGGUGCUCUGGGAAAUAUACCUCCUCAGGCUCAGCGGUAUAGCCCCGUGUCCCAGCCAUACCCCUCGCCGCCGCUCGCGGCGCACUCGGUCCCGCCCGGGGCCAUCGGACCAUCAGCAGCUGAUAUUGAGGCCGAAACCCGCCGUCUUCAAGCCAUGGUCGAGCGGGAAGAUCGCGAGCGCGAGAAGCGGGAGAGGGCGGAUCAAAAACGCAUCAAGAGGAUGCUUGAAGAAGAGGAGGAGGAGAACCGCCGGCGGGAAGAAGCCGUGGCCAAAGAGACGGAACGGCUCCGCAAAAAGUACGGCGUUGACGGCCAGGACCUGCCGCACUAUCGUCCAUCGGGGAUCGUCAGCCCUCCCACCCCGCCUCCUCCUCCCGCGGCCCCCCCGCUCCCUCCGAGGAACAAUCCAGUCCCGCAGUUUGCGCCGCCACCGCUGGUUCCGCUGCCGCCGCCUCAUCUCCAGCCGGCCCAGAAUUCGAGUAACUGGUUUGGCUCGUCUCUGCCAACACGCCCUGUCAGCGCCGGUCCCAACGGCGCUGGGCCCGGACCAUUUCACUGCUCAACGCUCAAUAAUAUGUGGGGUGCUGCCGCGGGAGCCAUU